UCUGUUCGCCGCCUCUCCCACCGGCCCGAUGAGCUGCAGCGGCUCCGGCGCGGACCCCGAGGCGGCGCCGGCCUCCGCCGCCUCGGCCCCGGGCCCGGCGCCCCCGGUCUCGGCUCCCGCCGCGCUGCCCUCCAGCACCGCCGCGGAGAACAAGGCCAGCCCCGCGGGGACAGCGGGGGGGCCUGGGGCUGGAGCAGCUGCUGGGGGCACGGGACCCUUGGCGGCGCGGGCCGGGGAGCCAGCUGAGCGGCGUGGGGCGGCUCCGGUGUCGGCGGGUGGCGCGGCGCCCCCGGAGGGGGCCAUAUCUAACGGGGUUUACGUACUGCCGAGCGCGGCCAACGGAGACGUGAAGCCCGUGGUGUCCAGCACGCCUUUGGUGGACUUCCUGAUGCAGCUGGAAGAUUACACGCCUACGAUCCCAGAUGCAGUGACUGGUUACUACCUGAACCGUGCUGGCUUUGAGGCCUCAGACCCACGCAUAAUUCGGCUCAUCUCCUUAGCUGCCCAGAAAUUCAUCUCAGAUAUUGCCAAUGAUGCCCUACAGCACUGCAAAAUGAAGGGCACAGCCUCCGGCAGCUCCCGGAGCAAGAGCAAGGACCGCAAGUACACUCUAACCAUGGAGGACUUGACCCCUGCCCUCAGCGAGUAUGGCAUCAAUGUGAAGAAGCCGCACUACUUCACCUGAGCCACCCAACCUAAAUGUACUUGUCUGUCCCCAUGUCCCCACACCAGCCUGUUUUCAUAAUAAACUUUAUUGUGACA